UUGAAUAUUUAGUUUUACUAUACAUUUGAAUUCUAAAUUAAUAUUUAUUGAUGAAUAAUUUAAUGAGCUGUUAAAUGUUAGAUGGAGCUAUGUCCUGGAAGAUAUGUGGGAGAAUCCUUCUCACCGUUCGUCAUUGCUGAGAUCGGUCAAAACCACCAGGGUUGUAUAAAGACUGCAAAGCAGAUGAUCCUAGCAGCUAAAUCUGCUGGAGUUGAUUGUGUCAAGUUCCAGAAAUCUUCUUUAGGUUCUAAGUUCUCCAAGUCAGCACUAGAAGCUCCUUACCCUGGACCUAACUCAUGGGGAGCCACGUAUGGAGAACACAAACAGUUUUUAGAGUUCUCUGAAUCUCAGUUUAAGGAGCUGCAAGAGUAUGCUAGAUCUGUGGAUAUACCGCUGACCGCCAGCUGUAUGGACGAGGAUUCUGCCAGCUUCCUUAAUUCGGUCAAUGUUCCAUUCUUCAAGAUCGGAUCCGGGGAUGUUAACAACAUUCCUCUUAUUGAAAAGGUUUGUAAAAUGGGAAGACCGGUAGUACUAUCAACGGGAAUGGCUAGCAUGAAUUGGGUCAAAAUAAUUGUGAAAGCAGCAUUAGCCGCUCUGGGCUCUGGGGACAGUUCUGCUGAAAAAUCAGCUGAUGACAAGAAACCGGUUUCUACUGGUGUGUCUAGGCUUGUGCUCCUGCAAUGUACAAGUAGCUACCCCUGUCUUGCAGCUGAUACCAACCUUAGGGUCAUCCUGACCUACAAGCAGAUAUUUCCAACUAUACAUAUAGGAUAUUCAGGGCAUGAGAUUGGGUUAGGCAUCAGUUUAAAAGCUGCUUCUCUUGGAGCUGCUGUCAUUGAGAGACAUUUCACCUUGGAUAAAACUCAAAAGGAUCAAAUAUACUUAAAACUGUUAGUGUAUCAUAUACGGAGAAAGACAGAUCUCAUGCUACUAAGGGAAAUAGUGGCAAAAGAAGAACUUGAAGAAGCAGAGUCUUUUGAUGGAGAAAAGCGAUUUUUAGAUUGUGAACGAGCCUGUUACACGAAGCUUGGUAAAACACUUGUUACAAGUUCCGCUGUUAAAAACGGAGAUAUUCUUACACACUCCUCAUAUAAGAUCAAGGUUACCCAGCCCCUUGGUAUUGACCCCCGGGAUAUGCACAAGUAUCUUGGAAUGGUAUUUAAAGGUACUUUAAAAGUUUUAAUAUAAAAAAAGAAAAAUUUUAUCAAGACCGUAUGUCCCGCGCGCUGUAAGCUCUUUUUUUUA